AUGGACGGCCGUUCGCAGGCCUUUAACGCGCGUCGAAACAGGAAUAGCAUUCUCCAGACGGCUGGAGAUGCACUCGGGAUACGUAUGAAUAAGAAGAAGCGGAUGAGUAUCCGCCAGCCCCCCGCGCUCGUCGACGAUGUCGUGCUGGAAAUCUCUGCAGCGAAGAACAACAUCAACUAUGACUAUACUGCCGUUCAGGAAUCUGUCGACGACUCUACAGAGCGCGAGCGAUUGCGCGACGCGGCGGCUCAGGCGGUUGGUUUACCGCAGCCGCAGGUCGUCGAGGAUCAUUCAACAUCAUUGAAUGCACAUGGUGUAGAAGAGCAGGUUGCCCGUCUUCCAACCUUUCCCGCUACGCUUUCUGACCUGCAGACGCUCAUCCACACGUCGGCAACGGCCUCCAAGUAUUGCCCCGUCUCCUCGCCUUUGCUCAGAUUAUCACGGUCGAAACAAUGGAAGACACGUCAUAUAGCGCUAACUACCGUCCGUCCGCGUCGCGAACUCGGCGGCUCACAAUCCCACAUCCACCUCUUCAAAACCUCGGCACCACAUGACAGGGAGAUUGAACGAAUGAGCAUCACACAAGAUUCGGUUGUGUACAUUGCCGAUGAAGAGUUUUUGGGUGGUCGAAAGUUUGUGAUCAAAGUCGGAGGGACAACUGCACAUGCGUCGAAUCUGAAAAGGGACGAAAACUCUGCCGGUAGUACCUGGUUGCUUCAGAUGCCCGACGCGAGCCAAAUGCAGCGUUGGAUAGACUUCAUCAAAGGCGCGGUCCUGAUGCAAAGGGCAGAACAAGCUGGCGUUGGGCCCGUGUUAUACCAAAAUACAUACAAUAAUGUCGGUCCGGAGCUCAAGGGGGAUGUAGAUGUGAUACUCUCCAUGGGGAAGCAAGGGUUGUUCACCGCACCAUCAACCGUUCCCACCGGCAAUUCGUUUGAAACCACGGCCGCAUCGAAUCCAGCAGAAGAGUUUACUACAUCCGUACUGCAGAGACAUGACAGCGCAAAUGCCAAAGCCGUUUUCAACGGCCGACCCCCAUCCAGGCAUAUGUCCAUUUCCGGCUCCUCUAUUGCAACCGCACUCGCAUCUCCGACACACCAUCCAUCUCAAGGAUCCUUACAAAACACUAUCCAUGAGGCAGAGUCCAGCACGCAAGAAGUCUCCUCCGGCAAAGUGACGCGGGAUUCGACCUUGUUCAAUAUAUUUAGACCGACGAGCCCCAUUCAACCAGCACCACUCAAGAGCACGCUAUCUCCCCCACUUUCUCCUACUCUUCAACACACGCCAAUGGACGAAAACGUCUUGUCGUCUCCCUCGACACUCACGUCCCGAUUCUCUGGGCCAAUUAGUCCUCGUCAUGGCCACCAUUCGAGCUCUCUGUCUGCGGACUGGGACUUCGUCGACGGUGGCUCUUUUCCGAGCGUCACGACCAAGCGAAUCAUGCAAGUCACGCAGACUGCCCUUGCACCACCCCCGCGCAAGCGGCCAUUAACCAACGGAGGACUACCAAAUCGACAAGGAACUCCUCCAAAGGAUCAAAGCGAGCCCAAGAGGCUGAGCACUCCACCAGCAGUGGUGACCCGGCGCUCCUUGGACGACGAGGGCGAGCAUAGCUUUGGGGACGUGAUAGGUCAAUCAUCCUUUACGGAAUCGUCAGCCACCGGUCAAGAUGGGCAAGAAGACACUGGUCCAGAGCUGAGCAAUACGACACCUAUCAGCGAGACGGAUCGGGACGAGGCCUCGUUUGCCCAACCGAUUCCCUCGCCAAUGGCGCAGCAUACGCCCCCACUCUUACCAUCCUGCUCUUCCUCAUUCGGUGUCAAUACGAGUGCAAAGACCGCUACGCUCGAGCAUCUGGCCAGCAAUGCGUCCAGACCUUCGACACCAUCCUUGCAUUCGGAACAACACGAACAUUAUACAGAGGAGGAUGUGAGACCUAUGGAAGGAGAUGCAGAGUACAUUAGCCACUUUCACCUGCCAACUGGUUCAUCGCGUAGAUCUCGCAUGAGUGGAAUCCCGAAGCAAUCUCCCCCUCCACUGGGACCCCCUCCACUGGGACCCCCUCCUGCCAUUCCAAUCUUCCAGUCUCCUCCUUUCCCCGCACAAUCACCGUCGCACGACUAUUCGAGCUCUGAGCGACCAGGUAGUAGUUCAUCGAUUCCUUCGACCGUUCCAAGUCUUCAUAUGGGCCUGUCUCUUACCUCGAAACGGAUGUCCAUCAUGACCACAUCUGACGCUCCGAGCUUUCAAAGUACCGAAUCAUCAGGAGGCGCGAGCCAGAGCAACAAGAACCCCAAUGGCUCUAUAGGUUCGAAUCGACUAUCUACCUCUGGUCAAGGGUCGCGAGGGUAUGCGUAUCCUCCACCUCGACCGGCUCCCAGUCAGGCGCUCCCCUUGCCGCCCGCACCGCUCGACGACAUCAAUUCGAUUGGAGGGAAACAUCGUCAUUCACUUUCGGGUCGGGUGCGUUCAACGAGUCCCAAUUCGACCUCGGGCCCAUCUGCGCGUUCGGAAUUCAUAUCUAGAAUGGUUCGGCAUUCGGUUGGUCCUGCAGCUCCCCCACCUACAACUGCUCUCCCGCCACGACCGGAGAUGGAUGAUGAUUUUGGAUAUCACCCAAGUUCAGACGUGUCACAAAGCCCUAGCAAUGGCGUCAAGCCCCUGUUCUCGAUUCCAGGUUCACCCCGUCGAAUCUCGACGACUCUGCCUGCGAUGCAACCACCACCGCUCCGGCCCCUCCCUCCGACUCCCAACAAGGUGGAUGAUCAUCGUCCCGUCUCUCCGAGUCGAUCCGUCAACUCGGACCGCUCCACAAGAUCAACGCCCGUUGCCUUUAGCUCCAACCGCAUGUCGUCGAUCAAGGCCCGUUUCAGGAUGAAAAGUCAGCCCACUCAACCGAGUGGUAGUACUCUCGACUACCAACGAUUACCGCCUGCUCCUCCACCACCAUCCGUUCCGCCGCCUGCGGCUCCAGGUGAAAUUGAAGGCACCAAACAUCAACAUAUCCGAGCAUCCACGGACAGUCAAGCGUACUCGAGGAUGUCCGGCGAAUCUGCUAUACAUCGUCGGGAGUCAAGCAUCGCUAACUAUUCAGGAGGCCUGCCGUCCCCGACUAGUCCGACGAUGCAAGCUUAUACACCCCUCACUGGCAUGAGGUCGUCCAUUCCGCAACCGGCAGCCAUGCCCCUAUCCCCCCCUCCACGUCGAAAUUCUAGAGCAUCCAGGGAUCUGACGCCGCAGGAGAAGGAAAAAUGGAAGGCUGUGGUCGAAAGCUUGGACGAGGACAAGCCCGUGGUGCCUUAUCAGUCCAAUGCUCCUGUGCGGCACUCUGCCCUCAACCUACCUGACGCCAAUGCGUUUAUUUAG